AUGGCAUGUCCAGAGGGGAAAAAGGUUGCUUUUGGUACAUAUACUCUGGUGGAAGAAGCUGAGUAUUGGUGGGAAAACACUUGCCAAUGCUUGGAGGCUAAAGGUCAAGCUGUGACUUGGGAAAUCUUCAAGAGGGUAUUUUUGGAGAAAUACUUUCCUGAGGAUGUUAGGAACAAGAAGGAGAUGGAGUUCUUAGAGCUCAAGCAGGGGAACAUGACUUUGGUUGAAUAUGCAGCCAAGUUUAAGGAAAUUAUGAGGUACAUUCCUCACUAUCAAGGAAGAGAUGGUGAAAGUUCAAAGUGUGUGAAGUUUUUGAACGGCUUGCGGCCUAAGGUGAAACAAGCUAUGAACUAUCAAGGUGUCUUUCAGUUUCCACUUUUUGUGAUCAUGUGUCGGAUUUAG